CCCACAUGUCUGCGUAUUUAUUUUAGCCUGUACUGUGUGCAGUCGUGUCGCCCACGAGGAAAACACAACCGAAAGAAACACGCUUUAUUUCCAUAAACACGUUAAAACGUCUAGUUAAUUCUAAUCUGAAAUGGCAAACGAUGGCUCAACACAACUAUCGAAAAAUCUCCUGCGGAUGAAGUUCAUGCAGAGAGGUUUGGACGCAGAGACGAGGAAGCAGCUGGAUGAAGAGGAGAAGAGAAUCAUCAGUGACGAGCACUGGUUCCUGGAUCUGCCUGAACUCAAGGCCAAAGAAAACUACAUCAUUGAGGAGAGAAGUUAUGUCCCUUGUGAGGAUUUGGUUUAUGGCAGAAUGUCAUUCAGAGGCUUCAAUCCUGAAGUUGAGAAAUUAAUGGUUCUGAUGAAUGCACCUAAAGACGAUGAAGAUGAAGAUGAUAAUGGUAUGAGCAGAAUGGAGACAGAUAUUACAGAUGAAGAGAUGGCUCGAAGAUAUGAAAGUUUGGUUGGAAGCAUGAAGAAAAAGUUUGCAAAGAAGCGAGAUCGUUCUGCAAUCACAGAUAAACAAGAGGACAUGAACUGCAACAUUGUUGAUCUUCAACCAAAAAAGGCGUUCCUAAAGCCUCAAGACUGAGAGAUAUUAAUUGCACAGCUGCGGGCAAUGUAAAUGAUUUUUUUAUAAGGAAUGGACUUUUUCUUUUUACAUUUGGUUUUAUUUGUUUAGCUACCAUGACAAAGGGAUUGUUAAAAGACCUAUUUUAUUUUUUUUUUUAAUGGAAAACAUGCAGUACUUGUGGAUUUGAUUGUAAGUUGAUAUAUUUUUCCACAAUUAAACAUACUGUCAUGAUCCCAGGAAAAAAAACAAAAAUGACAACCAGUUUUUUCAAGAUAUGUGGGCUAACUCUUUAAACAUUUGGCGCCUUUAUUUGAGUUAAAGGUUUUUUUUAUAAGAGUGAACAUUCUUCCAAAACUCUCUUAUAUGAGGUCAUACUGAUUUGUAUCAAAAUGACAGUGUAUAAAUGAUGACAGAAUUUUCAUUUUGUGUGCAUUAUACCUUUAAAAAUGUUUGAGAUAUCAUUGAGGUCUUUACAAUGAGAAAGAACUAAGCUCUAAAAUACACGCCUGGCCAAAAAAAAAAAAAAAAUGCAGUUUGAAUUUAAAUAAUCGUUAUGAUAUGGGGUUGCUUCGAUUGGUCAGGUCUAGAUUCAGCAAACUUAUGGGGCAAUAAAAUGAAGUCAGCUGAAUGUACUGAAUGUCCGGGUUAUCCCAUCAAUGGAUUUUUUCUUCCCUGAUGUCAUGGACAUAUUCCAUUAUGACAAUGCCAAGAUUCAUCGGGCUCAAAUUGUGAAGGAGUGGUUCAGGGAGCAUGAGGAAUCAUUUGUACAUGAACUGGCCACCACAGAGUCCUGACCUUAACGCCAUUGGAAGUCUUUGGGAUGUGCUGGAGAAGACUUUACGGAGUGGUUCGACUCUCCCGUCGUCAAUGCAAGAUCUCGGCCAAAAAUUAAUGCAACUGUGGAUGGAAAUAAAUGUUGUGACAUUUCAUAAGGUAUUGAAACAAUGCCAUGAUAAAUGUGCGCCGUAAUCAAAGCUAAAGGCAGUAUUGACGACGGGAGAUUCGAACCACUUCGUAAAGUCUUCUCCAGCACAUCCCAAAAACUUUCAAUGGGGAAUAUGCUCGUGCCGUCAGGGAAGAAAAAAAAUCCAUUGAUGGGAUAACCUGGUCAUUCAGUACAUUCGGGUAGUCAGCUGACUUAAUUUUAUUGCCGCAUAACGUUGCUGAGCCUAGAUCUGACCAAUUGAAGCAACCCCAGAUCAUGCAAUUUUUUUUUAAUUUUUUUUUUGGCUAGGCUGUUUAUGUGGAAGCCCCAUGUACAUUUUGCCACAUGGACAAAAAAAAAAGGCAAAAAUCGAGGUUACAGUGAGGCACUUCUGUAUAAUAGAAGUGAUUGGGGCCAAUUUUUGAAUGGUAAAAUGCUCACUGUUUCAAAAGUAUAACUGCAAGACAAACAAUAUGUGCUUUAGUAUGAUUUUAGUGUGAUAAAAUAAUUUACUAACCUUUUUUGUUUAAUGUUACUGCCAAUUUUACAACUUCGUUGCAAUGACCAUGUAAUGUCAAGAAACCCUAAAUUAACUGUAAAAAUGACUAUUUAAACAACUUUACAGCUCAAAUAAUACGAGUUUUAACAGAAUAAUUAAUGAUUAAGCUUCACAUUUCUGCUUUUAAACCCUCUAAAAAUUGACCCCAUUCACUUCCAUUGUAAGUGCCUCACUGUAACCUCGAUCUUUGCUUUUUUUUUUAAGAAAAAGACGGGCUAAAUGUUUUUUGUUGUAAUCAACAUUAUGCCACAAAUGCUGUCAAUUGAGCUUAACUUGUAUUGAACCUGGAAUAUUCCUUUAAGUUAUAUUACAUAAAAAUUCAUAAUUAUAAGAGAAAAAGUCAUCAUUAUGAGAAGUCAUAAUUGUGAGUUUUAAAAAAUCAAAAUUAUGAGAGAUUAUAAUUAUCAGUUGCAAAACUGUUCAACCAAGAUUUCCGGUUGAAUUGAAAUCUCAUAAUUCUGACUAUCUCAUAACUGAUACUUUUUAUGUCGUACAUCUGACAUACAGGUGCUGUAUUUUUUUUUUAAUUAUUAUUAAAUGAAAUGCAGAAAACGCCUCUACCUGAUUGCUGGGUAGUAAUUGAUUAAAUGUAAUCUAGAUUAUAUAGUCUGAUUACAAAAAUGAGUACUUGUAAUUGGACCACAUUACAUUUCAUAAUGUGUAAGCAGAUGACUGUUACUUUAUUAUGGAUUACAUUCUUGAUUACAUUACCAAUUAGUCAAAAGCAAUAACUAGUGCGUAAUUGAUUGAUUAUGCUCCUAAAUUUUAAAAGUGUGUUCUGAGCCAGAUGUUAAAUUACAUACAGAGGUCUAGCCAGGUAGCACUACAUACAUUGAAGUGUGUCCUGAUCCUCACAUAACCACAUACAGAAAUAACUUUACUUUCAAGGAGACAAGAGAAAAUAAGUAAGCAAUGUGAUCUUUGCUUUAUAAAAUGUAUAUCCAUUGAAAAAGACCCCACAUUCAGUCUUAAACGCUUAGAGGUUCUCUGUUUUUCUAUAUUUGUAUAUCUACACUACCGGUCAAAUGUUUUGAAACACUUGCCUGAAAUGUUUCUCAUGAUCUUUUGAUCUGAAGGCGUAUGCUUAAAUGUUUGAAAUUAGUUUUGUAGACAAAAAUAUAAUUGUGCCACCAUAUUAAUUUAUUUCAUUAUAAAACCAAUUAAUAAAGAAAAGCAGUCAAUAAGUGCCCAGCAUAGAUGGGAACUCCUUCAAUACUGUUUAAAAAGCAUCCCAGGGUGAUACCUCAAGAAGUUGGUUGAGAAAAUGUCAAGAGUACAUGUCUGCAAAUUCUAGGCAAAGGGUGACUACUUUGAAGAUGCUAAAAUAUAACACAGUUUUGAUUUAUUUUGGAUUUUGUUUAGUCACAACAUAAUUCCCAUAGUUCCAUUUAUGUUAUUCCAUAGUUUUGAUGACUUUACUAUUACUCUAAAAUGUGAAAAAAAAAAAAAAUUAUAAUAAAGAACGAGUAAGUGUUUCAAAACUUUUGAACGGUAGUGUAUAUGGGGGAUUGAGCACAUUAUCCAUAUUACCAAGAACAAAAUCAAUGAGUCCACAACUACAGCUUCCUUUACUGAAUUCAUAUAAAGUGGCAGGAAAUCAUUGAUUUAUGGCAGACAAGCAUUAGCAAAUGUAUUUACUUGUACAUAAUUGGAUGGUUCACUAAUAUCUGAAAAUAAAUGGAUGAAUCAGCUAA